AUGAAAGCAGCAUCUGCUGAACAUGAUGCGAUAGUGCAGCUGUUUCUUGAUCACGGUGCCCCUAUCGACCGGCACAGGUCAGACGGGAAGAAUCCCCUGGGCCUGGCAGCUGAGGCCGGGCGCCUCAGUACAGUCAAGUUGCUUAUCACACGUGGAGCAAAUCCCAAGCUCCCCAAGUCCGACCUAGGAAACACCCCACUUGCGAUUGCCGUAUCUCAUGGGUAUCCAGAGAUUGUCGAGCUUCUUAUCCAAAAUGGUGCGAUGGUCCGUCGCCAAAAUGUAGAGGGAAACACACUGCUUUCUGAUGCAGUGGAGAAACAACAUUGGGAAACCGCUAAAGUUCUUCUUCAAAACGGCGCCAAGGUCGAUAAGAGAAACUCACAUGGCUUAACUGCGCUUGAUAAAGCCGCGAUGAGUAAUAACAUAGCAGGUGCUCGACUAUUGAUUGAACAUGGAGCCCAAGUCAAUUCCGAUAGCUCGUUUGGAGGGGCGCCUCUCUUUGCUGCUGCAAGACGAGGCUAUGAAGAUAUGGCCAGGCUGCUAAUUAAGAAUGGCGCCGACAUCAACUCUCUGAGUGAGCUUGUACCACGGGCUUACAAGCAGCUUCCGGAAUAUGAGAAAUUGAGGGAUCUGUCACUGAGGAGGGGCGCCGACUCCGAUUGCGCGCUGUCCUUUCCCGUGAUACCGCUGUUGAUGGCUGCAGCAAACGGUCAUGAAGUAAUGUGUCGGCUUCUAAUAUAUAAUGGUGCGGAGGUUAAUUAUGAGACCUUGAUGGGGGUGACACCUGGAUGUCUUGCAGAAGCCUACGGCUACCAUGAGGUAAAGAGUCUUAUUGAAAGAGUUAAUUCUGGCCAGGAGUUUAAGUCUACCGUGUAA